AUGGAUUCCCAAAGCUCUCCCGCACCCUCCUCCAAGAGUACGAAAAAGCACGUGCAAAAGAAACGGAUCUCCCCGGAGCAGCAGGUCUCAACCAGCAGCAGCAGCAAAACCAAGCGCAUCAAGAUCAAGUCCGAGUCCAACGAAGGUUCCCACAACUCAUCCCAGGCGAUGAUGGCGACCCCAACCCCGAAGCCGACGGUUACCUCGUGUAGUUCCUGCAAGGAAUCGACCGGAAAUCCGAUUUCCUGCACGCUCUGCCAGAAAAGCUUCUGCUGGAAGUGCUUCGACUGCUGGCUCUCGUUCACCCAGCGCACCAUCUGUCCCCCGUGCGUCGAGGAGGAGAAGCGCGGCAAGGUGGAGCUCUGUCGUGAUCAUGACGCCGAGCUGAACCUGUUCUGCCUGACGUGCGGGGUGCGCAUUUGCGGCGGAUGUUUCCUGAACACGCCAGACCACAAGCGACACGUCAUUGACAACCUGGACGACGUGUACCGCGAAAGCUCCGUCCAGAUGGAGAAGGUUCUGGGCGAGGUGGGCGAAGCGCUGGACGAAUUUGGCCAGCUGGUGCCGCAGACGGAGUUCAACGAGCAGUUGAUCCGACGCAACGGGGCGGAAAUAGGGCAGGAGUUGGACCGGCUGGUGGAGAAGGCCAAGCAGGAGGUGGGCAGCUGGCUGGAGGAGAAGGUGAAGUUGUGCGAGCUGCGGAAGGAGGCGCCCGUGAAGCGGGCCGAGAGCUUCCGGAAAUUGCAGGAGCAGGUGCGGCUGCUGCCGAAGCAUGAGUUGAUUCAGCAGUUUGAGCGGUUGAAAGAGGAAGCGAACGGGCUGGUGCCGAACGCGGCAGCGCUGCAUCCGCCGCAGAUUGAUGGGUUCGAUUUUCAGAGCUCGCUGACGCCCCGCUUCGUGACGGCUUCGAUCGAGCUGGAGAAUUUCUUCCGCCACUUUGACGACGCAAAGUACGAGCAGAUUGGAAGCGACAUUCUCGCCGACGUCAGCGUCACCGUUUGGAACGUGCGCGUGUUCAAGGGCACUCAUCUGACCGUUGAGCUGUCGCAGCAGAGCGCGCUCAAGCAUCGCGUCCAGUUCCGGGUGUUGAUUGAGGUGCCGCACGAGGAUCCGUGCCAGACGCUGCGCGUUCAGCACGAAACCGAGCUCAACAGUGACCGCGUGGAGGUGAUCGAGAUGGCCAAACUGAAGGAGCUGGGCUUCGUGACGGAGGCGGACGUGCUGACGAUGCGCGUUGGGAUUAAACCGGCCAACGUUGUGCUGCAGGUGCAGGCGCUGGCGUCGAAUCUACUGGAGCUGAAGAAGGAACAGCUGGAGCUGACGAAGAACUGCGUGAAGCUGACGAAGAAGCUGAACGAGACUGAAGAGUUCACCGUCGGCUACUUUCGAAUCCCGCUGGAGAAGCUCCAGUUUUCGAACAGGAACAAGGAUCGCCGCGUGAUAACGCUGCGCUCACAGGACGUAAUCGACCAUCGGGAACGGGUCUGGUGUCUGUACGUUGUCCGCACGAAGGCGAAUCGACGCUGCAACGAGUCGUACCUGUCCGUGUUUAUCAAGCUGAACUCGCGCACCAAGAAGCAGAAGCUGGUUCGCCGUCGGUACUACGUGGAGCUGGUGAACCACGACGAUCGACAGUACUCGCUGCGUAAGUACGGGUCCGAGGGGUUUAGCCUGGGCACGCGCAUUGGCUGGAGUCCGUUUGAGCGGAUGUCGCGGGUGUUUGCCGACAAUUCGGGCUUUGUCGAGGACGGGAGGAUUAGCUUCCGCUUUGGGAUCCACAAUCCGAGGUUUGUUAAGAGCAGCGCGGAGGAGGAAGCUGCCGAAGCGGAAUGAAGUGUUUGAUUGUUACGUUGAUUUUAAUGUAAUUUCUUUUCAGUAACUGUUAUGUUGCGUUCUGUGUAUUGACAAUAAAUUUCAUUUGUUCGCUCUCUGAAAUUA